AUUGUUGGUGAAGUUUUAAAGCAGCUUACAGAAGAGAAAUUUAUAGUUAAAGCAACAAAUGGUCCAAGAUAUGUAGUUGGAUGCAGAAGAGGUGUUGACAAAAUCAAGUUGAAGUCUGGUACCAGAGUAGCAUUAGAUAUGACCACUUUGACAAUAAUGAGAUAUCUACCAAGAGAAGUUGAUCCCUUGGUGUAUAACAUGUCCCAUGAAGAUCCGGGAAAUAUAUCAUUUUCAGAAGUCGGUGGUUUAUCUGAACAGAUUAGAGAACUUAGAGAGGUUAUAGAAUUGCCAUUGAUGAAUCCUGAAUUAUUUCAACGUGUUGGUAUUACACCACCCAAAGGAUGUCUCCUGUUUGGACCCCCAGGUACUGGUAAAACUCUCUUAGCCAGGGCUGUAGCCAGCCAGUUGGAUUGUAAUUUUCUCAAGGUGAGUAAUGGGAUCUCCAAGUGCAGAAAACAUAAUGAUACCAACAGCUUAUGCUGA